AUGUCUUUAACUGAGAAAGGUGAUUUAGGACAAGGGAUGAAAGCUAUAGUGAAAUCUGUUGAUAUGUCAGAGGAAAUGCAACAAAAAGCAGUAGAAAUGGCUUCGAUGGCAGGUGAGAAAUAUAAUGUCGAGAAAGAUAUGGCCAUGUAUAUCAAGAAAGAAUUCGAUAGGAUUUACGGGACUACAUGGCAUUGUGUGGUGGGGAAAAACUUCGGUUCUUUCGUAACACACGAAACUAAAAACUUCAUCUACUUUUAUCUCGGACCUAUCGCUAUCCUCCUCUGGAAGACUUCGUAA